GAUCAUCGAAGGUGGCCGAUUCAAGUUCCUUACGGACACAGAGACCAAUACGAUCACCCUCUGCAUGAGGAAGACGAAGCCCAACGACGAGGGCACGUACAAGAUCGUCGUGAGCAAUAUCCAUGGCGAGGAUUCCGCCGAGAUGCAGCUUUACGUUCCGACGCCAGUGGUAUGGACUUCCGUGCUAUGUUGAAAAAGAGAAGGUAUCAGAAAUGGGCAAGAGAGGAGCAAGAGCAAGAAAAGGUAGAUUUGAAGGAAGUGGAGAAACCGAUGCCAGCUUUGAAAAAAGUGGAAAAGAAGCCGGAAAGUUUCCUGAAACCGCUGGUGGAUCAAUAUGCCAAAGAGGGCAAAGACAAAAAGGUCGUGUUCGAGGCGAAUUUCUCGAAACCGAAUUGCAAACCGAAAUGGUUCUUCCGAAAGGACGAACUGUUCCCUUCGUCGAAAUACAAGUUCAAGAACGAGGAAGAUUGCUACCAGCUCAUCAUCCUGAACCCCAAGGUCGAGGACACGGGAAAAUACACGAUCGAAAUCUCGGGCGUCUCGAGUACCGCCUUCCUCAACGUCGAAGAACCGGAUCCAACUUACACGUUCACCAAACCGCUCUCGAAGAAGACGAGCGGUUACACGAAGCACGAGGUCUACAUGGAAUGCACCGUCAGCUCGAAUCUAGCUCAAGUCACGUGGUACAAGGGAAAGACCAAACUCGAGGAUGGCGAUACGUACAGCAUAUCGAAGGAUAUGAACGGCGUUUGUCGUUUGACCAUAAAGAGCGCUACCCUUGAAGAUAGCGGCGAAUACGUUUGCAAGAUCAACAAGCAAACGGACAAAACUGAAACGGUUCUAACCGUAGUAGAAUACCCGUACAAAUUCGUGAAGGUGUUGAAAUCGCAGCAACUCGUGGAGAAAGAAACGUUGACGCUGGUCUGCGAGUUGGACGAUGCCGGUGGGGAAGUAAAAUGGUUCAAAGGUGAUCAAGAGAUCGUACCUGACAAGAGGGUACAGAUCAAAGAGGAUGGCAGGAAGAGGAAGCUGAUUAUCAAAGACACCAAGGUUACGGAUGCUGGCCAAUACUCGUGCGUGAGCAAUGCCGAUAAGACCGAAGCUGAAAUAGUUAUAAACUACGCGAAUCGUUUCAACAAGAAGUUGAAGGACACGGUGGCGGUGGAGAGGGAAAAAUUGGUGUUGGAUGUGGAGCUCCAAGAUCAAACGGCGCCCGCCAUCUUCUUCUUUAACGGGAAUCGAAUCGAGCCUAACGAGAGAGUGGAGAUCAAGAAUUUGGGAGGUGGAAAGCAUCAGUUGAUCUUCAACAGGUUGGAGAUGAGCGACGACGGUGAGAUCAGUUGCGAGAGCGGACAGUUGAAGAGCAGUUGUAAACUCACCGUGAAGAAGGGCGAGAGCAAACCCAUCGUUGAAAUCCCUGACAAGGUCGAAGGACCUUGCAACACCCCUCUCGUAUUCGUUGUACCUUACAAGAUCGAAGGGACGAAGCAGAGUCAGGUGGAAGCAAAACUGAUGAAGGACGGCAAAGCAUUGCCGUUGAAAGACGUGGAGAUAGUAGUCGGCGAGGACAAGAUCACGUUCAAGAUCAAGAAGCCUUCUCGCGACCAAUCCGGCGUUUAUCAGGUGAAGAUCGGCAACAAUCAAGGGGAGGAAGUGAACGACGUGAACAUCAACAUGCAAGACGUGCCGUCCCCGCCCAGAGACGUGGACGUAAACGAGAUCUUCCAAGACUCCUGCGUGGUCUCUUUCAAACCUUCGAAAGACGACGGUGGAUCGCCCAUCACCAAGUACGUGGUCGAACGUCUCGACCUCAGCUUGAAGGCGCAGUGGGACAACGUGGGCGAAGUGACGGCCGGCGAGAAGUGCUCGUACAAGGUUCGAGAUCUCGUUGCAAGGAAGGAGUACAAGUUCCGUAUCCGGGCUGUGAACAAACUCGGCUCGAGCGAGCCCGCCAUGUUUGGAAAACCGGUGCUCGCCAAAGAUCCGUGGGAUGAGCCGGGUAAGCCGACGAACGUCGAGGUGACCGACUGGGACAAGGAUCACGCCGACUUGAAGUGGACGAAGCCCGAGAACGACGGUGGUGCGGCCAUCACGGGAUACAUAAUCGAGUACAAGGAGAAGUUCGGGAAAGAAUGGGUGAAGGGGAAGGAGAUCGAAGGGGACGUGACCGAGGCGACGAUAGACGGGCUGAAGGAGGGUAGCCAGUACGAGUUCAGGAUCAGAGCCGUGAACAAAGCCGGCCCCGGCGAGCCGUCCGACGCCACGAAACCGAUCAUAGCCAAGUGCCGUUUCGUCAAGCCUUACAUCGUGGGGGACGGGCUGACGAAUCUGAUCGUGAAGAAGGGGCAAAUAAUCAAGUACGACAUCAAGUACGCCGGCGAACCUGAACCGGAGGUGCAUUGGUUCCUCGGGGAGAAGGAGCUGGUCCAGGACACGGCUGAGAGGAUCACGAUCGAUAAAUACGAGAGGAACACGGUGCUCACCGUGAGGAAGACGACUAGGCCGGAUUCCGGGAAGUACAAGCUGGUUCUGUCCAACAGCUCUGGGACUUGCGAGAGCCACGCUGACGUGAUUGUCCUCGACAAACCUUCGAAGCCGACCGGCCCGUUGAAAGUGGAGGAGGUUCGGGCCGACCACGUGAAAGUCAAGUGGGAGAAGCCAGAGGAUAACGGAGGGACCGAAAUUACCGGCUACGUGUUGGAAAAGAUGGACGUGGACACGGGUCGGUGGAUCCCAGCGGGCGAGGUGGGGCCGGACGAGACCAGCUUCAACUUCACGGGGUUGACACCGAAGAAAAAGUACAAGUUCCGCGUGAAAGCCGUGAACAAGGAGGGCGAGUCCGAGCCGCUCGAAGUCGAGGAAGCGAUUCUCGCCAGGAAUCCUUAUGACGAGCCUGACAAGCCUGGCAAACCCGUGAUCUUCGACUACGACAACGUUAGCGUAUCCCUCAAGUGGGAGAAGCCUGAGAACGACGGCGGUAGACCGAUCACUCAUUACACGGUGGAGAUGAAGGACAAGUUCGCUGUCGACUGGGUGGAGGUAACGAAAACCACCGACGCCACUCCGGAGGCGAAGGUCGAAGGUCUGAAGGAGAGGAUGGUUUACCAGUUCCGGGUUCGGGCUCAUAACAAAGCGGGCCCCAGCCAGCCCAGCGAGCCCACCGACAAUCAUCUCUGCAAGCACAAGAAUCUUAAACCGAGAAUCGACAGGACGAAUUUCAAGUCUGUGGUUAUCAAGGCCGGGCGCACGCACAAGUGGUCGGUGGACAUCACCGGGGAACCGCCACCGGAGGUUAAGUGGAUUUGGAGGGACGACAUACCUCUCACCACCACCGAACGUAUCAAGAUCGAGAACGUGGAUUAUCACACAGACUUCACGAUCGUGAACGCGAUGCGCAAAGACACCGGAAAGUAUACCCUCGUCGCGGAGAACGUUAACGGGAAGGACGAGGAAACCGUGGAACUUACGGUUCUCGGCAAGCCAGACGCGCCUAAAGGCCCGUUGGAGGUGACGGAUGUUACCGCCACCUCGGCCAAGGUGAAGUGGGAGAAGCCGGAAGACGACGGUGGUGUCCCGAUCAAAGAGUACGAGAUCGAGAGGUUGGACACGAAAACUGGCAAGUGGGUGAGGGUGGGAAAAGUUCCGGGCACUGCGCCGCUCACAGAGUUCGAGGUGACGGGAUUGAACCCGGGAAGCGAAUACAAAUUCCGCGUUACCGCGGUCAACGACGAAGGCGAUUCCGAGCCGCUGGAGAGCGAGCGCGGAAUCAUCGCCAGAAACCCGUACGACGAGCCGCAUAAACCUGGAACACCCGAGAUAACCGACUACGACAACGAGUCCGUAAGUUUGAAAUGGACUCCUCCCGAUUUCGACGGUGGUGCACCGAUCGAGAAGUAUAUAAUAGAGAAGAAGGAUCGUUACAAACCGGAUUGGGAGAAAGCUGGAGAGGUAGCUGGAGAUCAAUUGGAGGCCAAGGUGGGGGGAUUGAAGGAACGUGGGGAAUAUCAGUUCAGGAUCAUAGCCGUGAAUAAAGCGGGCCCAUCUCCUCCGUCAGACGCUUCGAAGAUGCAGAUAUGCAAGCACAAGGCGCUGAAACCAAAGAUCGAUCGUACGAACUUGAAGCCUGUCACGGUCCGUGCUGGCAAGCCGAUCAAGUACGACGUGGAUGUUCGUGGUGAACCGGCUCCGGAGAUCACCUGGUAUCACGCGAACCAGGCGGUUCAAAGUGGCGGGAAUAUCGAAAUUGUAAGCGUCGAUUACAACACGAAGCUGAACAUUACCGACUGCGUGCGAAAAAAUACCGGGGUGUGGAAGAUAAAAGCUGUUAAUCCUCACGGUGAGGACGAGGCUGAGGUCGAGGUUACGAUACUCUCUGCCCCUGGCAAGCCGAAGGGCCCUUUGAAAGUGAGCGACGUUACGAAGAACGGUUUGAAAUUGAAGUGGGAAAAGCCGGAAGACGAUGGCGGCCUACCCAUUACCAGUUAUCAAAUUGAGAAACUGGACAAAGCGACGGGAAGAUGGGUGCCUGUCGGCCGCGCCGGACCCUCGGACACCGAGAUGGACGUAAAAGGUCUUCAAGAGGGACACGAGUACGAGUUCAGGGUGAAGGCGAUCAACGAAGAAGGGGAGUCCGAGCCAUUGGUCACGGACAGCUCGACCAUUGCGAAGAAUCCUUAUGACGUAGCGAGCAAGCCCGGUGUGCCGGAAUUCGAGGAUUGGGACGUGGAUCGUGUCGAUUUAAAAUGGGAACCGCCGAAGAGUACAGGUGGCGCACCUAUCACGGGCUACGUAAUCGAAAUGAAGGAGAAGCCGUCGCCUAAUUGGCAAGAGGCAACUGUAACCGACUCGCCCCAACCGAAAGGGCGUGUCACGGGAUUGAAGAAAGGUUCCGUGUACCAAUUCCGCGUUCGUGCGGUUAACAAAGCUGGACAAUCGGAACCGAGCGAUCCAACCAAGCCGCACGUGGCAAAGGCGCGACAUCUGAAACCGCACAUAAAUCGCGACAAGCUGAAAACGAUUAAAGUGAGGGCUGGUCAAAUGGUGAAACUGGAAGUUGACAUCGAAGGUGAACCACCGCCAACCGUCACCUGGAACUUUGGAGGCGCGCUCCUCCAAACAAGUGCCAACGUGAAAAUCGAUAACGAGGAUUAUCUGAGCAAAAUUCAUUUGACCCAGACCAGCCGCAAGCUGAGCGGCAAAUACACCGUCAAAGCUGUGAACGAUUCUGGACAGGACGAGGCAGACGUGGAGAUCAUCAUUCAAGACAAGCCUGGGAAGCCGGAGGGUCCUCUGGAAGUGACGGACGUACACAAGGAAGGAUGCAAAUUGAAGUGGAACAAGCCCAGGGACGAUGGCGGUUUACCGUUGUCCGGCUAUCUGGUCGAGAAGAUGGAUGUCACGACCGGCCGUUGGGUACCGGUUGGCAUAGUCGAUCCAGACAAAACGGAACAGACUAUCACUGGUUUGGAACCUGGAAAGCGAUACGAAUUCCGUGUGAAAGCCGUAAACGAGGAGGGAGAAUCUGAACCUCUGCAGACGGAUGUUCCUAUCGUCGCUAAGAAUCCUUAUGAUCCUCCUUCGGCGCCUGGUCUGCCAGAAAUCAUCGACUGGGCCGAGAACAUGGUGAAGUUGAAGUGGGAGCCACCGAUACGGGACGGUGGUGCACCCAUCACAGGCUACAUAAUCGAAAUGAAGGACAAGUUUGGUACCACGUUCGUGAAGGCUGCCGAGGUGGAGGGGCGGGUGUGUACGGGAACAGUGACACGAUUGGAGGAGGGAAAUCAAUAUCAGUUCAGAGUUCGAGCUGUGAACAAAGCGGGUCCAGGAGAGCCCAGCGAGGCUACCAAUCCUCACACUGCCAAGGCCCGUUGGCUGAAACCGUUCAUCGACCGGACCAAUUUGCAACCGAUAACCGUGAAAGUCGGUCUCACCGUCACUUUGGACGUGAACGUCAUUGGUGAACCGCCACCAACCGUCACCUGGUUCUUCCGAGACAAGGAGAUCGUGUCGGACGACACGAUACGCGUCGACAAUAUCGACUACAACAGCAAGUUUUUCAUUUUGAAGACUAGACGAGCGCACACGGGAAAAUACGUGAUCAAAGCGAGGAACGAGGUGGGCGAGGACAGUGCCGAUGUCGAGAUAAUCGUCAUCGGUAAACCGAGCAAGCCAAAGGGUCCUCUGGAAAUAUCCGACGUGAACAAGCACGGUUGCAAGUUGAAAUGGGAGAAGCCCGAUGACGACGGUGGUGUACCGGUCGAGUACUACGAGAUCGAAAAGUUGGAUCCUCUGACAGGCCAAUGGAUACCUUGCGCGAAAUCCGUGGAGCCGGAAGUGACGGUGACUGGUCUUCAGGAAGGGAAACCGUACAAAUUCCGCGUGAAGGCUGUGAAUCGAGAGGGCGAAUCGGACGAUUUGGAAGCGGACAAAUCCAUCAUUGCGAAGAAUCCGUUCGACGAGCCUGGAAAACCGGGCCGGCCCGAAAUCAAAAACUGGGACAAAGACUUCGUCGAUCUCGAAUGGACCCCGCCCAAGGACGACGGUGGCGCCCCGAUCGAAAAGUACAUCGUGCAGAUGAGGGACAAGGAAGGCCGCCAAUGGAUAGACGUGGCGAAAGUUCUUGGGGAUCGCACCACAGCCAAGGUCACCGAUGGUAUCGAGGAAGGUCACGAGUACGAGUUCAGAAUAGUUGCCGUGAACAGAGCCGGUCCUGGAGAGCCGAGCGACACCUCGAAAAGCGUUGUGGCCAAACCACGAUUUUUGGCGCCCCGCAUCGACCGAAAAAAUCUACAAAAGAAGGUUAUGCGAGUUGGCCAAUUGUUGCGAAUCGAGGCGGAUGUACAGGGUGAACCGCCGCCGCUCGUUACUUGGAAGCUGAAGGACGCCGUGCUGAAGAGCAUGGAUCGUCUCAAGAUCGAGAACGAAGAUUAUCACACCACCUUUGUCAUAAGUAAAUUGCAGAGAUCCGAUACCGGCACUUACACGGUUGUCGCCAAGAACGACAGCGGUACCGACCAAGUGGACGUUGAGAUCCUGGUGGUGAGUAAACCUAGCAAACCGAAGGGGCCGCUCGAAGUGUCGGACGUAACCGCGGAAGGAUGCAAGCUGAAAUGGGACAAACCAGACGACGAUGGCGGGGAGCCAGUCGAUCACUACGUAAUCGAGAGGAUGGACGUUGACACAGGAAGAUGGGUACCUUGUGCGACUAGCAAAACACCGGAAGCUGACGUUACCGGCCUCAACGAAGGCAAGGACUACAUGUUCCGGGUGAAGGCUGUCAAUUCCGAAGGCGAAUCCGAACCUUUGGAAACGGCGAUCCCAACCACGGCAAAGAAUCCUUACACCGAGCCAGACGCUCCUGGCAAGCCGGAUCUCAAGGAUUGGUCGAAGCAACACGUCGACCUGAAAUGGAAAGCGCCGAAGAAAGAUGGGGGGGCGCCGAUAGAGAAGUACAUAAUCGAGAAGAAGGAUCAAUACGGGAAAUGGCAGAAGGCGGCCGAGGUACCUGGAAAUAAAACGGAGGGUAGGGUGGAGGGAUUGAUCGAGGGGCAAAAGUAUCAGUUCCGCGUGAAGGCCGUGAACAAAGGCGGUCAGAGUAAACCGAGCGAGCCCAGCGACAGCCUGGUCGCCAAGGAUCGUUACGCCGCGCCCAAGAUCGAUCGCACGAAUUUGAAGGAUCUGACGAUCAAGGCCGGGACCAAUAUUCGAUUGGACGUGAAGGUUACCGGCGAGCCGCCUCCAACGAAAACGUGGUAUCUGAACAAAGCGAAGCAGGAUUCGGGCGGCGUGUUGACCAUCGAGUUGGAGGAUUACAGAACCAAAUUCUUGGUGUCGUCCGCAUCGAGAGCUCAUUGCGGUACGUUGACGCUGAAGGCGGAGAACAGUUCCGGAAAGGACGAGGCCUCGAUCGAGGUUCUGGUGUUGGACAAGCCCGGUAAACCGGAAGGACCUCUCAAAGUGUCAGAUGUGCACAAAGAGGGAUGCACGUUGAAGUGGAAUCCGCCGUUGGACGACGGUGGCGUGCCACUCGAUCACUACGUGGUGGAAAAGAUGGAUACGGAAACCGGAAGGUGGAUACCGGUUGGACGCACCAAAGAACCGAGCAUGGUCGUGGAAAAUCUGGUGCCAGGUCAAGAGUACAAGUUCCGAGUCUCGGCUGUGAACGCGGAGGGUGAAUCGGAACCUUUGGAAACGGAUCAUGGAAUCGUAGCUAAGAAUCCAUUUGACGAACCAGGUCCACCUGGUCGACCAGAGGCAACCGAUUGGGACAAGGAUCAUAUAGACCUAAGAUGGACUCCACUGAACGAUGGUGGAUCUCCAAUCACUGGAUACAUAAUCGAAAAGCGCGAGAAAGACGGCCCACGAUGGAUAAAGGCGUGCGAAACCGGACCUGAAUGCAAGGGACGAGUCGAUAAUCUCGACGAGGGUGUCGAAUACGAGUUCCGUGUGAAAGCUGUUAACAUAGCUGGACCCGGUGAACCAUCCGACACCAGUAAACCGAUCACGGCCAAAAGCCGACGAUUGGCGCCAAAGAUCGAUAGGAAGAACUUGCGUGAUAUCACGGUACGCGAGAACGAAGGAUUCCACUUCGACGUGAAGAUAAUCGGAGAACCACCGCCUGACGUCACUUGGGUAAUCAACAACAAGAGUAUCCAACAAACGACGUACCGCAGGAUACAAAAUGUCCCGUACAACAGCAAAUUUUUCAACGAUAAACCGGAACGAAAGGACAGUGGCAUUUAUAAGAUUACGGCUGUGAACCAGUAUGGAUCCGAUACCGCCGAAGUGGAAGUCACCGUUGUCUCUAAACCUGCAAAACCCGAAGGACCGCUCGAAGUGUCCGAUAUCCACGCAGAGGGAUGCACUUUGAAAUGGAAGAAACCGAAGGACGACGGUGGAGAACCCAUCGAGGGUUACCUAGUGGAGAAGUUCGAUCCGGAUACGGGUGUUUGGUUACCAGUCGGUAAGACGACAGGCCCGGAAAUGAAGGUGGAAGGAUUGACACCUGGACACGAAUACAAGUUCAGAGUGAAAGCGCUUAACAAAGAAGGAGAGUCGGAACCGUUGGAGACGUACAGCUCGAUCGUGGCCAAAGAUCCAUUUACCGUACCAAGUCCUCCUGGUGCACCUGAACCGAUCGAUUGGACCGCCAAUCAGGUCGAGUUGUCUUGGAAGGAGCCGGUGAGCGAUGGCGGAUCACCCAUCACUGGAUACAUCAUCGAGAAGAAGGACAAGUACAGUACGAUGUGGGAAAAGGCUUUGGAAAUCGAGACACCUACCACGAAAGGUCUGGUUCACGGCCUUAUCGAGGGUAACGAGUACUUGUUCCGUGUGAUAGCCGUGAACAAAGCUGGUCAAUCGGAGCCUGGCGAUACGAGCAAAACGUUCACCGCUAAACCACGAUACCUGGCACCCAAGAUCGAUCGGCGCAAUCUGCGGGAUGUUACGUUGUCGGCCGGCUCGUUGCUGAGAUUCGACGUUAACGUUAUCGGUGAACCUCCGCCGCACAUCGAGUGGCGAUACGGCGCUAUUCCCCUGCACUCCGACAGAAAGGUGCAGAUCGACAAUUCCGAGUACAACACCAAGUUCAGCAUUCGUCCCGUGGCUCGAGACGACAGCGGCGAUUACACGAUCACGGCAACUAACUCGUCGGGAAGGGAUUCCGUCACGGUGCAAGUCACGGUUACGGACAAACCGAUGCCGCCAGAGGGUCCGCUUCAAGUUUCGGACGUGCACAAAGAGGGAUGCAAAUUGAAAUGGAAGAGGCCGAAGGACGAUGGUGGUACACCGAUCGAAUAUUAUCAGGUGGAGAAAAUGGAUCCCGAAACUGGUUGCUGGGUACCUUGCGGUCGAUCUACCGAGCCUAAUCUGGAAGUAUCCGGAUUAACACCGGGCAAAGAAUAUCUGUUCCGGGUUACGGCGGUGAAUGCCGAAGGAGAAUCGAAACCUUUAGAAGCGGAACAAGCUAUCUUAGCCAAGAAUCCGUUUGACGAACCAGGCAAACCGGGCGAUCUUCGCGCCACCGAUUGGGACAAAGACCAUGUUGAUCUCGCUUGGUCUCCACCAAUAAGCGACGGUGGCUCACCCAUCACAGGCUACAUAAUUGAGAAGAAAGACAAAUACGGGGAGUGGGAGAAGGCUGUAGAAGUGCCGGCGUAUGAAACGUCGGCCACCGUUCCCGACUUAAUCGAAGGCCAACCUUACGAAUUCCGCGUUCGAGCCGUAAACAAAGCUGGCCCUGGCGAGCCUUCCGAUCCAACGCCAACGAUCAUUGCCAAACCGCGAAACCAGGCGCCCAAGAUCGAUCGUACGAAUUUGAUAGAGGUUAGAAUCAAGGCUGGCCAAAAUUUCAGCUUCGACGUGAAGGUUUCCGGUGAACCUCCACCAACCACGAAAUGGAUGUUGGGCAAACGAGAAGUUCGGCCUACCGAGCGUAUCAAAGUGAAACACGUCGAUUACAACACGAGCUUGAGCGUCAGGAUGGCUACAAGAGCCGAAUCGGGCAAGUACAGCAUAAUCGCCGAGAAUAUAAACGGCGUGGACGAGGCGUUCGUGAAGGUGACGGUUCUGGACGUGCCAAGUCCGCCUCAAGGACCGCUCAGAGCAUCGGACGUGCACGCCGAAGGAUGCACCUUGACGUGGAAACCGCCGGAAGACGACGGUGGUCAACCGAUCGAUAAAUACGUCGUGGAGAAAAUGGACGAAGUGACUGGUCGUUGGGUACCAGCAGGAGAAACGGAUGGUCCGCAAACUUCUUUGCAAGUGGAGGGAUUGACUCCUGGUCACAAGUAUAAAUUCCGUGUUCGGGCUGUAAACAAACAGGGUAAAUCGGAACCGUUGGCAGCGAUGCAAAGCAUCGAGGCGAAGAAUCCUUUCGACGAACCUGGAAAACCUGGCACACCUGUGGUCAGCGACUACGACUCGGACUUUGUCGAGCUUCAAUGGGAUCGUCCACAGGAAGACGGUGGCUCGCCCAUUACUGGUUAUAUAAUCGAGAAACGGGACAAAUAUAAUCCGAACUGGGAGAAAUGCGCCGAGGUUGAGGGUGACGUGAAUCGUGGAAAAGUGAACGAUCUGGUGGAGGGUAUACACUACGAAUUCCGUGUUAGAGCGGUUAACAAAGCCGGACCUGGUGAGCCGUCCGAUGCUUCCAAAUCUCACUUGGCUCGACCCAAGAAUCUUCCACCAAAGAUCGACAGAAAAUACAUGUUGGACGUAAAAGUUAAAGCCGGUGGUUUCUACGACUUCGACGUUCCCGUUAUCGGCGAACCACCACCGACCAAAGAAUGGUCGCUAAAGGGUACGGUACUUUUGUCCAAUGACCGUAUCAAGAUCGUGAACGAAGAUUACAACACGAAAGUUCGCGUGAUGGAGGCAAGACGUUCCGAUUCCGGCGUGUACACUCUGGAAGCGAAGAACAUCAACGGCAGAGACAGCGCCACCUUGACUGUGAACGUGCUCGAUGUGCCAUCUGCACCGGAAGGCCCUCUCAAGAUCGAUGGCGUAACGAAAAACGGUUGCAAUUUGAAAUGGCGUCCACCGAAAGACGAUGGCGGUUCCGAGAUUCUCUACUAUCAAGUGGAGAAGAUGGAUACGGAGAACAUGAGAUGGGUGCCCGUCGCGGAAGCUUCGUCCACGUAUGCCCACGUGGAUCACUUGAUCGAGGGCCACGACUAUCAAUUCCGCGUGCGUGCGGUGAACAAACAAGGAGAAUCCUUGCCGCUCACUGGCAUGGACACGAUUACAGCGAAGGAUCCGUAUGACAAGCCCGACAAACCUGGAACACCCGUCGCCACCGAUUGGGAUAAAGAUCGCGUCGAUUUGGAAUGGACACCGCCCAAAAAGGACGGUGGAUCGCCGAUUACGGGAUACAUCAUCGAAAAGAAGCCUCGUUUCGGUCAAUGGGAGAAAGCUUUGGAGAUCGAUGGAGCUAAGACGAGCGCUAGAGUUCCCGAUCUGGUCGAGGGUCAAGAAUACGAGUUCAGAGUGAUUGCCGUGAAUAAAGCCGGUCCUGGCGAACCAUCCGAAGCCUCUUCUCCAAUCAUCGCAAAACCACGUUUCCUUGCCCCAUCUUUCGAUCCACACGCGUUGAGCGAUCUGGUUGUUCGUGCUGGACAGAAAAUCAAUUACAUCAUUCCUAUUCAAGCAUCGCCCAAACCUACUGCUACUUGGUCCCUCGAUGGAGCCGUGAUUAUGGCCGAUUCUCGUCACGAGAUGUACACUACUAGUACCGAGACCACUUUCGAGAUUCCAUUCUCUGUACGAUCCGAUACUGGUCGAUAUACUCUGACUUUGGAAAACGAGCAUGGAAAGUUCAGUGCAAGCGCCAGAGUCACGGUCCUCGACAGACCAUCGCCACCGCAGAAACCACUCGAAAUCAGCAAGAUCACCAAGGAAGGUUGUCACUUGGCUUGGGGCCAUCCGUUGGACGAUGGAGGCAGCCCCAUAUUACACUACGUUAUCGAAAAGAUGGAUUUGUCGCGAGGAACUUGGUCCGAUGCUGGAAUGAGCAUGAUAUUGAGUCACGAAGUGGCGAGGUUAACCCAUCGAAAAGAAUAUCUUUUCCGGGUUAAAGCUGUCAACACGAUCGGAGAAUCUGAUCCGCUCGAAGCGAGCAAGAGUAUCGUUGCUAAGAAUGAAUUCGACGAACCGGAUGCUCCUGGAAAACCACAGAUCACGGAUUGGGACAGAGAUCACGUCGACUUGCAAUGGCCAGCUCCGAGCAGCGAUGGUGGCUCUCCAAUAACGGAAUACAUCGUUCAGAAGAAGGAGAAAGGUAGUCCGUACUGGGUGAACGCGAUUCACGUACCUCCAAAUCAGACGAACACGACUGUUCCCGAUUUGACCGAAGGACAAGAAUACGAAUUCCGCGUGAUUGCCGUAAACGCUGCUGGACAAUCAGAACCCUCAGAGCCAAGCGAUCUCGUCACUGCCAAACCACGUUACCUGGCUCCAAAGAUCAAGACACCUUUGCAAGAUAUUCGAGUCAAGGCUGGCCUUAUCUUCCACGUGGAUAUCGACUUUAUCGGUGAACCAACUCCGGAAGUCACUUGGACCGUUGGUAGCAAAGAAUUGGAAAGUGACAAGAGAACGACCGUUACCUCGAUAGGUUAUCACACCAUCGUCCACACCGUCAACGCCCAGAGAUCCGAUUCUGGACUGUAUCACUUGUUAUUGAAGAACAGCAGCGGAAUAGACGAAGGUAGCUUCCAGGUGAUCGUUCUCGAUAGACCAGGUCCGCCGGAAGGUCCUCUACAAUACGAAGAGAUCACCAGUCAAUCGGUCACUUUGUCCUGGAAACCACCUAAAGAUAAUGGCGGUAGCGAGAUCACUGGAUAUAUAAUAGAGAAACGUGAUUUGACCCAUGGUGGUGGUUGGGUUCCGGCAAUAACGCACGUCAAUCCUAAAUAUACCCACGCCACGGUACCGAGAUUGCUCGAAGGUACGACUUACGAGUUCAGAAUAAGCGCGGAAAAUCUUCAGGGACGCUCGGAUCCGCUCACCACUGACCACUCGAUCGUCGCCAAGAACCAAUUCGUCGCACCUGGACAACCUGGCAAACCGGAAUGCGUCGACGCGGACAAGGAUCACAUAAAGAUCAAAUGGACGGCGCCGAUCAGCAACGGUGGAUCGAAGAUCAUUGGCUACGACGUAGAGCGACGCGAUCGUGCGACUGGUCGAUGGUUGAAAUUGACCAAGGAACCGGCCAAAUAUGCCGAAUAUUACGACGACCAUGUGACCGAGGGCCAUCAAUACGAGUACCGAGUGACCGCGAUAAAUGCAGCUGGCUCGGGCAAACCUAGCGACACAUCUGCCGUAUUCAUCGCGAAACCGAUGAAAGAAAAACCGAAAUUGAAUCUGGACGCGUUAAUUGGACGCAAGAUCAAAGUCCGUGCCGGAGAACCUAUUAACGUUAACAUUCCAUUGUCCGGUGCGCCAACUCCCACUAUCGUAUGGACGAAAGACGGAAAGCCUCUCUUCGAAACUCUCAGAAUAUCGACCGAAACCAAGAGCGAUCGCACCAACUUGUUGGUUGAAAAAUCCGUCCGGGAAGAUGGCGGUAUUUACACGAUUACAGCAACGAACGAGCAUGGAAAAGAUUCCGCUGAUAUCGAGGUGAUCGUGGUCGACAGACCGGGACCACCUCAAGGUCCGCUUCAAUACACCGGCACCACGCAAGAAUCCGUUUCGUUGUCCUGGAACCGACCUGUGGACGACGGUGGAUCCGACAUUACCAAUUACAUCGUCGAGGUAUCCGACUAUGGAACCGACAACUGGCGGCAAACGCCCGGAUAUUGUCCAAGAACGAGCUACACCGCCAAAGGUCUUACCGAAGGCAAGAAAUACGUGUUCAGGGUGCGAGCCGAAAACAUGUACGGUGUGUCGGAACCAUUGGAAGGCAAACCGGUCAUCGCCAAGAGCCCAUACGAUCCACCGGAUGCUCCCAGCCAACCCGAAAUUCUUGGAUACACGCCCAAUAGUUGCAGUCUUUUCUGGAAUCCACCGCUCAAUACCGGUGGCAAACCCAUCACAGGAUAUUACGUGGAAAGACGGGAACGGGGUGGCGAAUGGCUCAAAGUCAACAACUAUCCUACUCCGAAUACAACGUUCACGGUACAAGAUCUUCACGAAGGAUCUAAAUACGAAUUCCGUGUUAUCGCUGUCAACGAAGCCGGACCUGGUAAACCCAGUAAACCAACAGAGCCUAUUACCGCUGGACAUCAGCGUCUUCGUCCCGAUGCUCCCGAACCACCGAAACCUGACAGAAUCACGAAAGAUUCGGUGACGUUGAGCUGGCGGCCGCCACGCAGCGACGGUGGCGCCAAGAUUAGAGGUUAUAUCAUUCAGAUGAAGCAGAGAGCCCAGGAGGAAUGGGAUGACGUUAACGGCGCCUUGAUACCGACCAACGUGUACACGGUGCCAAAACUAACCGAGGGAGAAGAAUAUCUGUUCAGAGUGAUCGCCGUCAACGAUGUGGGCAACAGCGAUCCCAGUCGGCCGAGCAAUCCGAUCGUUAUCGAGGAACAACCCAACAAACCUGUCAUGGAUCUCGGAGGAGUUCGCGACAUUACCGUCCGUGCUGGCGAAGAUUUCUCCAUUCACGUGCCUUACAUUGGUUUCCCCAAACCCACCGCUACCUGGUACGCCAACGACGUUAUCAAAGAUGAGACCGAACCACGCGUGCAUCAACAAUUGGGCGACGAUUAUGCUAGUCUCGUGGUGAAAAAUGCGAAACGUUCGGACGGUGGACAGUACCGUCUUCAGUUACGCAAUUCCUCGGGCUUCGACACCGCCACUGUGAACGUCAAGGUUCUGGAUCGGCCAAAUCCGCCCGAGAACCUUCACGCCGACGAAUUUGGCGGAGAUGCUCUUACGCUAUUCUGGAACCCGCCGAAAGACAAUGGCGGGGCUGACAUCACGAACUACGUCGUCGAGAAACGAGAACCGAAGGGCUCGUGGUCCAAGGUGAGCAGUUACGUGACGACACCGUUCUUCCGAGUAAGAAAUCUAACUGUCGGAAGCAUGUACGAAUUCCGAGUAAUGGCCGAAAAUCAAUAUGGCACCUCGGAUCCUGUAACCACGAUGGAUCCGAUCAAGGCCAGGCAUCCGUUCGAUCCGCCUGGACCACCUGGAACACCGAAGGGCGUUGAAACGACGGAGGACAGCAUCACGAUUACCUGGACGAAGCCUCGUCACGACGGAGGUUCUCCUAUCCUUGGAUACGUCAUCGAGAAGCGUUUGUUGAGCGAGGAUAAAUGGAUGAAGGCCACUCCAUCCCUCGUUCACGAAACUAAUUACAGGGUCACUGGUCUCAUAGAGAAUCAUGACUACGAAUUCCGCGUCGCAGCCGAAAACGCAGCCGGACGCGGACCGUGGAGUUCCAACUCGGAUGUUAUCAGAGCCAGUGCACCACCGUUCCCACCGAGAAUCACGUCUGAUCUCAGUAUUCGCGACAUGACGGUCAUCGCCGGAGAACCAUUCACGAUUACCGUGCCCUACACGGCGAAUCCAAAACCAAGGCCGAGCUGGUCCAUCAACGGAGAAGAAGUGCUCACCAGCGAUAGAAUCAAAUUCGACACAACUGACAUCGCGUCGCAAUUCAUCAACAAAAAAGCAAAGAGAUCCGAUACGGGAACAUACACGAUCUAUCUCACGAACACCGUCGGCACGGAUUCCGCUUCGUGCAGAGUUCUCGUCGUCGAUAAACCGUCUCCCCCACAAGGACCGCUUGACAUUUCCGAUAUUACUCCCGAAACGUGUACAUUGUCUUGGAAAGCACCGUUCGACGAUGGUGGUUCGCCUGUUACGAAUUACAUCGUAGAAAAAUUAGAUCCGGCUGGCUACUGGGUGAAAUUGAGCAGUUUCGUGAGAAACACUCAUUACGAUGUGAUCGGUCUCGAGCCGAAUCGCCAGUACAACUUCCGAGUUCGCGCGGAGAAUCAGUACGGUAUAUCGGAACCGUUGCAAGCAGAUGAGCCGAUCACCGCCAAAUUCCCGUUCACCGUCCCCGAUCCUCCUGGACAGCCACGCGUCAUCGACUGGGACACCUCGAACGCCACCCUGGUAUGGACUCGGCCGAUAUCCGACGGUGGAUCCCGUGUCCAGGGUUACAAGAUCGAGUUCCGCGACCCUGCCGACGACGCUCAAUGGCGAGUGGCGAACGAUUACUUGGUCAAGGACACGACUUACAUUUGUUACAAUCUAUUGAGCGGACACGAGUACGAGUUUAGAAUACGCGCGAAGAACGCGGCCGGUUUCAGCAAACCUAGUCCACCUUCGCCACCGUUCAAGUUGAAGAGCAAGUUCAACGUGCCCUCGCCACCUGGCACGCCACAAGUGGUCAAAGUUGGCAAGAACUACGUCGACCUGAAGUGGGAAGCACCGAUCUCCGACGGAGGCAGCCGCAUCACCGGGUACGUGAUCGAGAAGCGCGAAGUCGGAAGCGCGAUCUGGGCCAAGUGCAACGAGUACAACGUGACCGACACCGAGUACACCGUUCUCCAUCUGAUCGAACGCGGUGAUUACGAAUUCCGAAUCUUCGCGGUGAACGCCGCUGGAAGAUCGGAACCGAGCUCGUGCACAACACCGGUCAAGAUCUGCGAGGUGGAGGGUGGCGAGAAACCGGAAUUCGUCAGAACUCUACCGAUCAGUACCAACGUACCUCUCGGCAAAACCUCGGUGCUCGAAUGCGAGGCAACCGGGAAACCGUUGCCCACCGCAAGGUGGUUGAAGAACGGCAGGGAGAUCACGAUCGGCGGCCGUUUCCGUGCAGAAGCGUUCGAUGGAAUUUACAGGCUGGUGAUAUCCGACGUCUCGGACUCGGAUACCGGCGAUUACAGCUGCCAAAUUUCGAAUCCGCUCGGUCUGGCCACGACCACGUGUCGAUUGAAGAUCGGCUCUCCGCCCCGUAUCGAGCGUAUGCCCGACGUGUUGUAUCUGGCCGAGAACGACAACACGAAGAUCAAGAUUUAUUACAGCGGCGAUCAACCGAUGGACGUUACGUUGAAGAAAGAUGGGCGAAAGGUGGUGGAGACGAGCCAUAUCAAGUAUACCGUGUUCGACGAGUACUUGAUCAUCUUCAUCAAAGAUAUUGAGAAGGACGACGCUGGCGUGUACGACGUUUCUAUAACGAACGACAGCGGUAGCGUGAGCGGUUCGUUCAACGUGUACAUCACGGGAUUACCAGGGCCGCCGAGCGAACCUCUCGAGGUGACCGACAUUGACAAACACACCUGCACCGUGUCCUGGCGUCCACCCAAGUUCGACGGUGGUGUACGCGUCACUCACUAUGUGGUGGAACGUCGGGACGUCAGCCACACCCAUUGGAUCAUCGUUUCCUCCUUCUGCAAGGAUUGUAGUUUCAUGGUACAGGGUCUGACCGAGGGACAAGAGUAUCUGUUCCGAGUGAUGGCGGUGAACGACAACGGUAUGGGACCUCCUCUCGAGGGAACCAAUCCUAUCAAAGCGAAGGCGCCUUUCGAUCCUCCUGGUCCUCCUGGUACGCCGAAAGUGACCGAGGUUGGCGGAGAUUUCGUGAACCUUUCGUGGGAGAAGCCGGAAUCGGACGGUGGAUCGAAGAUUCAAGGAUACUGGAUCGACAAACGCGAAGUAGGUAGCCAGGCAUGGGUACGCGUCAACGUGAUCAUCUGCUUGCCCACCCAGAUCAACAUCACGAAUCUGAUCGAAGGAAGGCAAUACGAGUUCCGCGUGUUCGCCCAGAACGCUGCCGGCCUCGGGCCGGAAUCGAAAGCCUCGACCUCGGUCAAGAUAGCCGAUCCGCAAGCGGCCAAAGCACCGGAAGUGAUUCAACCGUUGCACAAGGUGAGCUGCGUGCAGAACCACAACGCUCAAUUCCAGUGCAAGAUCAUCGGUAUUCCGAAACCGACGAUCACGUGGUUCAAGGGUGCCCGGGAGAUCGUGAGCGGAUCCCGAUACAACAUAUAUUCGGAGGGCGACGUGCACAACUUGAUCAUUCAUGACGUAUUCGGGGAGGACGCGGACGAGUACUUCUGCCGCGCCGUGAACAAAUGCGGCGUGAAAUCGACCAAGGGUGAACUUUUGAUCAAGACACCGCCGAAACUGAACGUGCCCCCACGAUUCCGCGACACCGCCUUCUUCGACAAAGGGGUCAAUGUGGUGAUAAAGAUCCCGUUCACCGGUUAUCCGAAACCGAAGAUAACCUGGGUCAGGGAGGGAGAGCUGAUCGAAUCCGGAGGACAUUACACGGUGGAGGUGAAGGAAAGGCACGCGGUGCUCACAAUUAUAGAUGGAAAUCGUAUCGAUUGGCCUUACCGCAUCACGGCGGAGAACGACUUGGGCCAAGAUAGCGCGAUCAUUAAGAUACAGAUCAGCGAUAGACCCGAUCCACCGAGAUUCCCUCAAGUGGACAACGUAGGCCACGACUCGUUGGCUCUGACCUGGAAACCGCCCGUUUGGGACGGAGGUAGCAACAUCACCAACUACCUGGUCGAGAAGAGAGAACAUCCGAUGACCAGCUGGAUCAGAGUCGGCAACACCAGAUUCUGUUCCAUGGCGGUUACCGGGCUCAGCCCGGGACACCAAUACGACUUCCGAGUUUGCGCCGAAAAUAUUUACGGAAGAUCGGAUCCGAGCGAGGUGACGCCAUUGAUCACGACCAAGGGCACCGUCAAGAGAGAGUUUAAACAAAAGGAGUACAAAGUGGACGAAACCGGCAAAAAGAUUCGUGGACGAAGCGAUGAGAAACCGCGAGAUUACGAUCAAUUCGUAUUCGACGUUUACAGUAAAUAUGUGCCGCAGCCUGUCGAGAUCAAACACAUCUCUGUCUACGAUAGAUACGAUAUUCUCGAGGAGAUCGGAACUGGCGCGUUCGGUGUUGUCCAUCGUUGCCGAGAGAGAUCGACCGGAAAUAUAUUCGCGGCCAAGUUUAUUCCCGUGUCCCAUGCGAUGGAGAAGGAACUUAUUAGGAAGGAAAUUGAUAUAAUGAAUCAACUCCAUCAUCCGAAAUUGAUCAAUCUUCACGAUGCCUUCGAAGACGAUGACGAGAUGGUUCUGAUCUUCGAAUUCUUAUCCGGUGGUGAACUUUUCGAGAGAAUCACGGCAGAAGGUUACACCAUGUCCGAGGCCGAAGUUAUCAACUACAUGAGACAGAUUUGCGAAGGCGUGAAACAUAUGCACGAAAAGAACAUCAUACAUUUAGAUAUCAAACCUGAGAAUAUCAUGUGCCAAACGCGCAACAGUACCAACGUGAAAUUGAUCGAUUUUGGUUUGGCCACGAAACUCGAUCCCAACGAGGUGGUGAAAAUCAGCACUGGCACGGCAGAAUUUGCCGCACCAGAAAUCGUCGAACGCGAACCGGUCGGUUUCUACACGGAUAUGUGGGCUUGCGGUGUUUUGGCCUAUGUCCUGUUGAGCGGACUUUCGCCGUUUGCCGGAGACAACGAUAUCGAGACGUUGAAGAACGUCAAGGCCUGCGAUUGGGACUUUGACGAAGAAGCGUUCCGCGAUGUGUCCGAAGAAGGCAAAGACUUCAUUAGACGAUUACUUAUCAAGAAUAAAGAAAAGCGUAUGACUGCCCACGAAUGUCUCCUUCAUCCAUGGUUGACGGGCGAUCACAGCAAUCGUACGACACCGAUUGCAAGCAGUCGGUAUCUAAACUUUAGAGACAGGCUACGAGCCAAGUAUGAGAACUGGGAUAAAUAUGUUCUUCCUAUUGGCCGAUUAGCCGAAUAUUCUUCACUCAGAAAAUUGUUGAUCGACAAAUACAAGAUCUACGAUUCCUGCUUCGAUCGACGACAAGCGGCACCUAGAUUCGUUAUCAAACCAACAAGUGCGUUCGCAUAUGAAGGACAAAGCGUCAAAUUCACGUGUCGCGUGAUCGCGAUCGCCUCUCCGACUCUUACAUGGUUCCACAACAAUCAAGAACUCCGCCAAUCCGUGAAAUUCAUGAAACGAUAUCACGGUGAUGAUUAUACGUUCAUUAUUAACAGGGUGAAACUAGAGGACAGAGGAGAAUACGUGAUCAGAGCGGAGAAUCAUUAUGGCUAUAGAGAGGAAGUCGUUUUCCUGAAUGUGCAACCUCUACCUAAAGAGAUUCCAAAGUAUAGGCCAGAACUUCAUCCAGUUCGAAGAAGAGAGCCACUUGGUUACAACGUUUGGUUAGAAACUAUUGAAUCGGCACCCAACUUUACUUUCCUUCUUCGACCACGUGUUAUUCAAGUCAGGCAAACGUGCAAACUUCUUUGCUGUCUCAGUGGUAAUCCACCACCAACAGUCAAAUGGUACAAAGAUAGAGAAGAACUGUCGAAAUAUCAUUAUCCGAUGACGCACGCGGACGGUGUUGUCACGAUGGAAAUAAUUGACUGUAAACCGGAAGAUAGCGGUAAAUAUCGUUGCGUCGCGACCAACAUUCAUGGAAAGGAUGAAACUAGCUGCGUAGUCAUUGUUGAAGGCACUGGAGAAACUGAGGAGCAAGUUAAAUUAGCGCACGAUCUCCUACAUUCCGGAGAUCGAAAAUUCAUCGAGCAACCGUUGAAACCGGCACCACCACCGAUCGUGACGGUACAUAAAGCUGGUGGAUAUAGUGGAUACAGUUCUACAACCACUCAGGGUUACAACUACAGUAGUUCUUCCGCUAAGAACACUUCCACGAGUUCUUAUAAAGCUACAGAGUCCAGUACAGAAAAACGAAGUGUCAAGAAGUAUGGACUUGAUAGUACCGGCAGUCCAUCUCGUUCUAGAAGUACGACGAAAGAAUUAAUCUAUCCUCCGGAUGAAUCUAUGAGAGCACCAAAAUUCACAAAGAAAUUGAACGAUCUCACUAUCAAUGAUGGCGAACAAUUAGAACUUAGCGUAAAUGUUGACGGUGAUCCAGAACCACAAGUAACUUGGUCCAAGAAUGGCAAGACGCUGAGUUCGUCAGGAAUCAUGAGCUUAAAAUAUAAAGGCGGUGUCGCGACUCUCGUUAUUAACGAAGUAUUCCCCGAAGAUGAGGGCGAAUAUGCUUGUCAAGCAAGCAAUAGCAUUGGUACCGUAACUACCUCGUGCAAAUUAACGGUAAAACCUAUGACGAGUGGAUCUUCAAAGAAAAAGACCGAUGACAAACCUCCCAAGAUCGUAGACCAUGUGAGCAGUAUGUUCGUAAAGGAUGGUGAACCUGUAACUUUGAGUUGUAGAAUAAUCGGUGCAAAAAAAUUCGACGUAGUCUGGUUGCAUAACAAUAAGGAAAUCAAACCUAGCAAAGACUUCCAGUACAGCAACGAAGCUAAUAUUUAUAAAUUGAACAUUGCCGAAAUCUUCCCCGAAGACUCUGGUACUUAUACCUGUGAGGCAUUCAAUGAUGCAGGAGAAAGCUUCUCAUCGUGCACAUUAAAUGUUCUUGUUCCAAACGAGGAACCGAAAAGUCCAGUCUUCGCGACAUUCCCACAAUCUGCAACGGUAAGCGAAGGCGAAUCAGUUACAUUCGUAUGCAAGACUGAAACCGCGCCUUUGAAAGUAACGUGGUUGAAAGAUGGAAAAGCGCUCCCAGAAUCUAGCAGCAGAUACUUGUUCAGUUCAGAUGGUGACAAAUCGUUUGAGUUGCGUAUUAAAUCAUGUACAGCUAGUGAUGUGGGUCAGUAUGUUGCUCGUGCGAUUGGUAAAAAGGGUGAGACCAAUGCUGCUUUCGCCCUGAAUGUUACCAGUGCUAAUGAAUAAUGAAAUCGUUGAUUUCACACAUGACAAGUCACGAUGCAAUAAGUUUCUAAAAUAUUAUCAGGAGGGCAAUAAUAAGAAAAAAAAUGUAAAAAUGAAUUGUAUAAAUGUGCAACUUGAAAAUAAUUGCGGUUAUAAGCAACAUAAUGCUCGUGUAUAAAAGAAAAAUUGGAAAAUUACUGUAUUCAUGCUAUUCUAUAUGUAAAUUAUCAUGGAACGCUAUAUUUACUUUUUGUGUGCUUAUCAUAU